AUGAGCACAUCAACUAGGAACGACAGAGGAUGUCCAGAACAAAUAGGAAAAUCCUCUUCAAGGAGUAACUAUACGGCAUCUAUUGAUGAGAUGGCAACAGCAAGUAAACCUCAUUCCUCUCCACAUCGGAGUAGCAGCGUUCCAAAACGAUCUUCUCCUUUUGUAGAGCAGCAAUUAUCAUCAUCUUCAAAUCAAAGAUCAUCUGGCAAUCAUCGGAAAUCUUCAUCGGCAAAACCAGUAACACCAUCACCAUCGGAAGAUCACCAAUUAACCUACGAGGAAGCAGUUAAAAAAUUAGAUGAAUUAUCGCCCAAAUCUAAAGGAAUACUCAAAUCAAUAAUGAAGACAAUGAGUCCUUCCACUAUUAAUACAAAUCAAAAUAAUAAUAAUACCAAAAAUAAUAUUGUAACUUCAACAACAACUAGGGAACAAACUAGAGAAAAACAACAACCAAAUAGAGAACCAUCAUCAUCUAGGACAAUUAAUAAUUUAAAUGAAAUUGAAAAAAUGGCAACUGUGAAUUUUGCAAAUGAACCACAAUCAUCAUCUUCUAGAGGAGUUAUAACAGGAGAAGAAAAACCAAGUUUGAGGAGGACUGUUUCAUCAAUACCCGAAGUAACAAAACCAAAGAGGACCUCAAGUAAUAGGGUAGUGACGCUUAAUGUUGGAGGUCAAAUAUUUCAAACAACGAGCAAGACACUACGAGGAUGUGAAUCACUUUUUUCAUUAGUAUUUUCGGAGAAGGAUACAGUGCUGAGAGAUGACAAUGGUCAUGUAUUUAUAGAUAGAGAUCCAAAAUAUUUUAGAUACAUGUAG